AUGGCUCACCGUUGCUUGAUUGAGACGGCAAAAGGCCCACAUAUUUUUCUAUCUAGUGCAGUGGAACCUAUGUUAGUGAAGUUUGACAAGUAUUGGUCCGAGUAUAAUGUGAUCCUAUCUUGUGCGGCCGUUCUUGACCCUAGAUUUAAAAUAAAGUUUGUGGAAUAUUGUUUGGUAAAGUUGUUUGGUGAAGAGGAUGGUAUGAUACAAGUAGGAGAAAUCUUAACUACUUUGAAAACUUUGUAUAACGAAUAUAAAUUGCAAUCAUCUAUUUCUCCUAUUGUUGCUCCUUCUCCUCCUAGUAGUGGGUUAGGCCAAAACUAUUUUGAGGAUUACAAUAGCUACAAUCCAAGAAGUAUUAGUACGCAAAUUGGAAAGUCACAACUUGAUGUAUAUUUGGAGGAUGAGGCACUUGACAUGAACUCGGAAUUGGAUGUAUUGGAAUUUUGGCAUCAAAAUGCAAUUCGAUUUCCGGAGCUUUCAAAAAUGGCAAGAGAUCUACUAACAAUUCCGGUUAGUACAGUAGCUUCUGAAUCGGCUUUUAGCCUUGGAGGGAAAAUUAUAUCUCCUACUAGGAGUUCAUUGAAGCCAAAGACUGUGCAAGCACUAGUGUGUGUCCAAGAUUGGCGCCGUGAUGAGCAUGGUAUUUCUGUAGACUUGGAGUCUGACCCAUAUUCUUGUGACGAGGAUUUAAAUGAAGAAGAGGAUGAUGAGGAUGAUGAUACUAGCCUUUUCCAUUAGGUAAAUUUCUCUUAAGUCUUGAAUAAAUUUCUCUAGUCUUCAAUAACUUUUUUUUUGUGUGAAUGUAGAAAUAUCUGAUUUAUACUAUGCUUCCAAUAUGUUUGAAGUCCACAAAAUAAUUCUCUGAUUUUUGAUAGAGAACGAGAAAUCGAGUGGAGAUGAAGCCCGAUGGAAAUGGUCUAAGGUGUUAUGGGUGUGUGAGAUAGACUGAGUCGUUAGGGUUAAAAAAAACUUUGUUGAAACUCUUGGAACGUGCAGCUGGAGCUGAUUUGUUUUUCCAGUUUUUUGGCAAAGUAAAUUUUAUUAGCUAAUUUCUAAUCAUGCUUAAUGCAGGGCCCUAUGGAGAAAGCCCCUGUUGAGAAAGUAGCCGAACCAGCAGUAGCUCCAAAGCCAACGCCAGCAAAGAAGACCAAGAAGAAGAAAAGUGAAGUCGAGUAGGUUUUGAGAGAAGGAUCAGACUGGAAAAUUUUUGUUUUGAAAUUUUUGUUAAUUUUUAUUUCGUUGCACGACAAACAUUUCCGUUUGCUAUGUUUUAUGUAGUUGCCAAGGAUCUGAACUACUGCACAGUGCCAGUAAUUUUGGUAAUCUAUUUGAAAUUAUGUAAGGAAAUUGUGUGCAAGCAUUAGGGAUGAAUGCUUACUUUUUGAUCAUAUUCUGCAAAUUGUUUGAGCUGUUGGAUCAGGUUUAACUUCGUAGUUGUGUAGCUCCUGUUCCAAUAGCUUCAAAGUUCAGUGGUUGUAUUAGUAAAAUUGCUUGUUUCAUGUCA